UGAAUGUAAUGCAUGUGGAUGUGGAGUAACUGUCCAUGGUGCUGAAACCGCCGCAGCGUCGGGAUGCGCCUUCCGGAGUCUCGCAGCAUCAAUGCGCGCAUCUUCUAAUUUAUAAACUCUUAAAAUCCAUAGAAAGGCUCAAAACAGUGUCGGGAUGCUGCCCAACGACACCUUCAAGUACCUGGAGGAUGGUUUAUAUCCGUUAAACUUCUCCAGCAACGAGACGCAUAACGGGGAUUCUCACGGCAGCAGCGCAAUCUUCAUCUCCUUCAUCUAUUCCGUAGUCUGUCUGGUGGGACUCUGUGGGAACUCGAUGGUGAUUUAUGUGAUCUUCAGGUAUGCGAAGAUGAAAACUGCGACGAACAUCUACAUCUUGAACUUGGCGAUCGCGGAUGAGUUACUCAUGUUGAGUGUGCCUUUCUUAGUCACCUCUUCUUUACUUCACCACUGGCCCUUUGGUUCUCUCCUGUGUCGAUUGGUUUUAAGUGUUGAUGCCAUUAACAUGUUCACCAGCAUCUAUUGUCUGACUGUGUUGAGUAUCGAUCGCUACAUCUCCGUGGUGCAUCCCAUCAAAGCAGCCCGGUACCGAAGACCCACUAUCGCCAAAAUGGUCAACUUAGGAGUCUGGAUGUUCUCCAUCCUCGUCAUCCUACCCAUCAUCAUCUUCUCCACCACUGCACCCAACUCUGACGGAUCGGUGGCUUGCAACAUGCAGAUGCCUGAGCCCGAGCGUCGGUGGAUGGCUAUAUUUGUGAUCUACGCCUUUCUGAUGGGCUUUCUCUUCCCUGUCAUUGCCAUCUGCAUGUGCUACAUCCUCAUCAUAGUGAAGAUGCGGGUGGUCGCCUUGAAAGCUGGCUGGCAGCAGCGCAAAAAGUCCGAGAGGAAGAUCACGCUGAUGGUGAUGAUGGUGGUGACGGUGUUUGUGAUCUGCUGGAUGCCUUUUCACAUCGUGCAGCUGGUUAGCGUGUUUGUCCAGCAGCACAAUGCCACCCUCAGUCAGCUGGCUGUGAUUUUGGGAUAUGCCAACAGCUGUGCCAACCCCAUCCUGUACGGAUUCCUGUCGGAUAACUUCAGACGCUCCUUCCAGAGGAUUUUAUGCCUCCGGUGGUGGGAUAACGCCACGGAGGAACCCAUAGAUUACUAUGCCACGGCUCUGAAGAGUCGAGGAUACAGUGUGGAUGACUUUCAGCCGGACAAUCUGGAGUCGGACAGCACGUACAGGAAUGGCACCUGCACAUCUAGAACUACAACGUUGUAGGACUCGGUAUUGCAGCAUAAAGACUUGUUUUGUUAUCUGUUGUCAUUGCAGUAUGUGUUUUUUGUUGAGAUGUAUUGGUAAGACUUCAUAAUAACUUUCGUUAAUGCCAUUAUUAGAUUAUAUAAUGCUUAAUCUAAAGUUAAUGUGCAAUUUUGCCUAUAUGAAUGUGCAUGAACUUUUUAUGCUUAUAUAAU